AUGCCGCAUUUUGCGAAACUGAUGCCGAACUACGUGACGGCGACCAUCGCCCUAUCGUUUGGAGGUUUCCUUAAUGGCUAUGACACAGGCACCAUCGGCUCAGCAGUACACAUGGAACAGUUCACGAUAACAUUCGGACAUCUUUCCGCGACCGUUCGAGGGAUCACAGUUUCAAUGAUUUUAUUGACGGGUAUCAUCCCCUCACUGCUCGCCGGUCGGCUGGCAGAUAAGUACGGACGACUGCGUAUCAUAUCACCCGGCGCCGCGCUCUUCGCCCUUGGCGGAAUCCUACAAACGACAUCUUUUAGCUUGAGCCAAUUUAUCCUAGGUCGUGCAGUCAGCGGCGUUGGCCAGGGCAUUUUCCUCGGCAACAUCGCCGUCUAUCUCGCAGAGAUAGCUCCCUCCCGCCGGAGAGGUCGACUGGCCGCUUUGCCGCAAUUCAUGUCAACUCUCGGGAUCUGUAUCGGAUACUUCUCUUGCUACACAACCAGCUCGAUUGAAGACAGCACCGCGUGGCGUCUCCCGUACGUGGUUCAGAUCUCAGUAUCCAUCAUGCUUGCUCUUGUCUGCCGAGUUCUACCUGAGUCACCACGAUGGCUACUGCUUUGGGGCACGACGCAAGAGGCGGUGACGGCUCUUGAGUUGCUUGACUUCGACAUGGACGAGGCUCGGCGAGACUUUCUCAACACACCGCAAGAACAGCCUAGUCUUUCCACGAGGCAGAACUUUCUUUUGCCUUUCCGUGGGCCGUACCGGUCGCGGACUUUGUUGGCGCUCUUUAUCCUAUCGAUGAUCCAAUUAUCAGGGAUCGAUGCAAUCACCUAUUACGCGCCCGCAUUGUUCGACCAGGCUGGCAUCUCACAGUCCAACUCCUCGCUGAUCGCAUCAGGGGUUUCCUCCAUCACGAUGCUGGUCGUGUCUAUCCCGGCUUCUAUCCUAGCCGAUAAAUGGGGAAGACGAACAUCGGCAAUCAGCGGUGGCAUAAUCCUUUCUGGACUUAUGAUGCUUAUGGGAAGUCUUUACGCAGCUGGGGCGGUGGGACCUACAGGAGCUGCUCGUUGGGUUGUCGUAAUCUCAGUCUUCGCAUUCGGCAUGGCCUACUGCGCCACCUGGAAUGUCGUCGGAAAGAUCUACGCCAGCGAGAUUCUACCUGGCAACACCAGAGCCGCAGGAAACUCGAUUGGCAUGGCGUCUUCAUUUUUCACAAACUGGCUAGUGGCUCUCAUCACUCCGAUCCUGUUAUCUGCUUCAGCGUAUGGCGCCUACUUCCUCUUCGGGGGCCUGACUGUCAUCACGGCGAUUGUUCUGACUGUGUUCAUGCCCGAAACUCGCGGGCGAUCACUUGAAAGUAUACAAAGUGAGUUCAGGCGCCCGGUAUUCACCAACUUGAUGGGGUCGCUUUGUGCUCCGCGGGCUCGGCACCCAAACCCGGGACCCCAGGCAAACUCCGACGAGCCAAUCGAGCUGCGCCCCCAGGCCUCAGAACCGUCAACGGCUGCGGUAUCCUCAAGCGUUGCGGCUUGA